ACCGAAGAAGAGUAGGAAAACAAUCCGGAAGCACGUGGAAAGAAAAUAAAAAAUGCGAUGCUGCUAGGAAUUGCAAACAAUUAUUUGUCAAUAUAACGUUUGUUGAGUCACCAGAAUAGACAGCUUUUUUUUUUUUUACCGAGGACUUUAAUUAUGCCUGUCAUAUUUAUGUUUGGAAGAUCACAUUUCUAGGCAACAGAACAGUUAUCCCACUAGUAAGAUAGCUAGUAAGCUAACGUUACUCUACUGAGCUUCUCAACAUGGUUCGGGCACUAAGAACCAAACGCGCCCCUCCGGUGAAGAAGACGGUACAAUUUGACGAAGAUGACCCUAAAGCAUAUAAGGACAUGCCUGUCCCAGAUAAGAGAUCCUCGCAGUAUACGAAGGACAAGGUCGAUGAGUUCCACGAUGACAAAAUCUCGAAACUUCUGGCACGUGGUGUUCAGAUGGACAGUGACCAGGAAGAUGGUGAUGACGAGGAGGAAGUGAUGGCUCUGGACCUCACUGAGUCAGAGGAUGAAGAGCAGGAGGAAGAAGAAGAGGCUGAUAUGGACAGUGAUCUGGAGGGGAAGAAGGAGGAUGGUCUCCCCAAUGAUAUGGCAUGGGGAAACAGGAAGAAGAUGUUCUAUGACUCUGACUAUGUGGCUGCCAAGGGGAAAUCUCAGCAAGACGCAGAGGCAGAUGAGGAAGAGGAAGAAGCUAAGAAUAUUCAGAGACGAUUGGCUGCCAAUCUUAGCGAGGAGGACUAUGAUCUUAACCUCCUUCAGGAGUUUGCUGUAGAGGAGCAGGAGGUGGGGAAGGAGAGGAUUGUGAAGGACCUGAAGCAGAUGUCCCAGAAGGAGAAGAUGAAGCUGCUGAAGAAAGAGUCACCAGAGCUACUGGAGCUCAUUCAGGACUUUAAGGCAAAGUUGGCAGAGCUGAAGGAUGAGCUACAGCCUCUUCUGGAGAUGGUCAACGAUGGACGGGUGCCACCAGGAAAGGGUGCCAACUACCUGAAGACCAAACAGCAGCUUUAUCUAAAUUACUGCACAAACAUCAGUUUCUACCUGGUCCUGAAAGCAAAGCGUAUUCCCGCACACAACCACCCUGUGAUUGAAAGACUGUUGACUUACAGAAAUCUGAUUAAUGAGAUGGGUGAGGUAGACGCUCGGCUUGCCCCACAGCUGCGCCAGCUGCUCUCUGCAGACCAGAAGGAGAAGUCCGCUAGAAUGUCAGAGAGCAGCAAGCAGAUCACCAACAAGAAGGUCAAGGUAUCUGAAGAGGCUGGGGCGGAAUCAUCUGAAGACUCAUACUCUGACUUGGAUGAAGAGGCUGCUCUGCGCUUCUAUAGAGGAGUGGAGGAGCGGCUGAAACUGAAGAGGAAGAGCAAGAACCCGCAGGCUGAGGAAGGCAGAUUGGAGGAGGCAGGAGAUGACGAGGUGGAUCCAGAUGCAAAGAGACGCAUUACCUACCAGAUGGCCAAGAACAAAGGGCUUACACCAAAGAGGAAGAAGAUUGACCGCAAUCCCAGAGUCAAACACAGAGAGAAGUUCAGACGAGCCAAGAUCCGCAGAAAGGGACAGGUUCGUGAAGUCCGUCGUGAGGAGACAAGAUACAGUGGAGAGCUGUCUGGUAUUCGUGCUGGAGUUAAAAAGAGUGUCAAACUCAAGUAACCAACCCAACUGUUUGCUUUAAGGAAGACUGUCAACAGUUCCCUGUGGACUGGAGGUGAUUUGUGUGAUUUCUCCAGCACAAUGUAAUACCAACAUACAUUUGAGGUUUAAUGUCCCAAGUCUGUCACUUUACUGAUGUACUACUGUCUGACAUUACUCUGUCAAUCUGCUUUGUUGUAAUGAAACUGCAAUAAAGUUGUUCUUAAUCAAA